GGCAUUAAAGUUAGUACGUUCUUAUAUUAUAAAUGUUAAUAUUUUAUAUACAGUUCUUUAAUUGAUAGAAAAGCAAUGCUAAGAAAUAAGAUUAUUAUCAUGUCAACAAGACUAGCUCUUACGGGAUAUAAACAAAUGCGAUGGUUCUCAACAAAACAAAGAAUGAAAGUUAUAGAUACUGUGAAUGAAUUACUUUCAAAUAAUAGACUUAAACAUAAACAACACCCAGGUAUAUUAAAACCUAAACAAGUAGAGCAACCGAGUUGGCUUGCAGACACAGUUCGACAGAUUCUACAUGAUAGAACCAUUUCAUUACAAAGCAUAUCUGCAAGCAGUCAAAAAUUGGCAGCACAUCUAUAUAAUCGACAGCCUCCACCAGAAAAGAAAGAUGUUCGUUUGAAAAUGAAAGAAGUUAAGACAAGACUUAGCCAACAUGAAACGCAAGAUUCAAAUAACGGUGAUAAAUUUGAAGACUCAGAAGCUAAAAGGCUUCUUAAAACCCUUCUUUAUAAUUGGGCACCGAUUCAAUAUGAUGCCUACACAAGCUUAGCAUAUUUAGUUAAGAGAAGUAUGCCUGAAUAUUGCGUUUUGUAUAAAAUUUUCAACGAAAUUGUUAAUAAUGAUAAAAAUUUCACGCCAAAGACAUUAUUUGAUUUUGGUUCGGGUACUGGAACAGUUAUGUGGGCAGCCUCAAAAUUCUGGGUUAAUUCUAUUAAGGAGUAUUAUUGCGUUGAUAUUUCUAAAGAUAUGCAUGAAUUGUCUGAAUACCUUAUAAAAAGAGCUAUACCACAAGUUAAACCAAUACAUAUUUUCUAUCGACAAUUUUUUCCUGCGUCUCCAAUUCCAACUUACGAUAUUGUAGUGAGUGCGUACUCUUUAUUGGAAUUACCACAUCAAAUGUCUCGUCUUGAAAUAAUUUCAAAAUUAUGGCAUAAAACAGAACGAUAUUUGAUUAUUAUAGAACAAGGAACGAAUGUUGGAUUCAGACUAGUUAACGAAGCACGAGAAUUUAUACUGAAUUCUAAAAAUGCCCAUGAUGCUCACGUAUUUUCACCUUGCCCUCACGAUACAUUGUGUCCUAGAUAUGCGACAGAUGACACUCCUUGUAAUUUUGAAAUUACUUAUCUAACAUUACCUAUUGGUGGAAACUCGAUAUAUAAACGUGAAUGUUACUCGUACGUGGUACUCAAAAAAGGUAACCGUCCCGAAAAUGAUUGUAAGUGGCCUCGAAUUGUCAGAGAAGUAUUGAAACGUUCUAAACAUGUUAUAUGCCGUAUGUGUACAUCUUCCGGAAAAUUAGAAGAACAAAUUUUUACCGCAUGGAAAGAUGGAAAAAAUACGUAUCGUUGUGCAAGGAAUAGCGAAUGGGGUGAUCGUCUACCUUUUGCAACCGAAGAAGUAGAGGAAGAAGAAAAAGUAGAGCAAGAAGGAGAAAUAGAAAAAGAGAAAGAACAUAUAUGAAAUAAUUUAUGUGUAAUUUAGUCACUGCACAAUAAAAAAAAUAUUUGAUUAUA